AUGCCACGGGCGAGCAGCCCCACGAGGACCGCGGGCACGGCGGUGCUGGCGCUGCUGGCGCUGCUGGCGCUGGGCAGCGGGCAGCACUACGACUACUACGGCUGGCAGCCCGAGAGCGUGCCCCGCGGGCGCUUCUACGGCAGGGAGCCGCAGUGCGUGGACAUCCCGGCCGACAUGCAGCUCUGCUACGACGUGGGCUACAAGCGCAUGCGGCUGCCCAACCUGCUGGAGCACGAGUCCAUGGCCGAGGCCAAGCAGCAGGCCAGCAGCUGGGUGCCCCUGCUCGCCAAGCAGUGCCACACCGACACCCAGCUCUUCCUCUGCUCCCUCUUCGCCCCCGUCUGCCUCGACCGGCCCGUCUACCCAUGCCGCUCGCUCUGCGAGGUGGUGCGUGACUCCUGCGCCCCCGUCAUGGAGUCCUACGGCUUCCCCUGGCCUGAGAUGCUGCACUGCGCCAAGUUCCCCUCCGACCACGACCUCUGCAUCGCCGUCCAGUUCGGGAACAGCCAGGCCACCCCGCCGCCAGUGUCCAGGAUCUGCACGCAGUGCGAGAUGGAGCACAAGGCGGACGGCAUGAUGCAGCAGAUGUGCUCCAGCGACUUCGUGGUGAAGAUGCGCAUCAAGGAGGUGACGGAGGAGAACGGGGAGCGGCGCCUGGUGGCCGCCCAGAAGAAGAAGGUGCUGAAGCUGGGCCCCCUCAAGCGCAAGGACACCAAGAAGCUGGUGCUGCACAUGAGGAACGCGGGCUCCUGCCCCUGUCCCCAGCUCGACAGCCUCAGCGGCAGCUUCCUGGUGAUGGGCCGCAAGGUGGGCGGCCGCCUGCUCCUCCUCGCCAUCUACCCCUGGCAGAAGCACAACAAGGAGAUGAAGUUCGCCGUCAAGUUCAUGUUCUCCUACCCUUGCCCCCUCUACCACCCCCUGCUCUACGGGGCCGGGCAGCGCUAG